AUUUUUGGAGACUGUCAAAUCUUUGAAAUUGAAUUAUUUUCUUCUAAUCUAUCAGUUGUUUAACAAUGUUGCGAAUAAGAAAUCUAUACAAACUCGCUCCGAUUAGAAUUGCACAGAACAGAUCAAAUUUUGUUCGGCUUGAUUUUAAUAAAUCUACAGCUAUAGGAUUGCUUUCUUUUGACAUGGAUGAUUCAAACAGAACUGACAAAGAUGAAACAGAUGAGAAGCCAGAAAUAGAACCAGAUAACACUGUUACUGAUGUGGCCAUGGAAACGCCAGACUCAGCAGAUGAGGAAAAAGAUACAACCACGGAAAAAGAAGCUCUUACAGAUAACGAUAACAACAGUGCUGAAGUUAAAAUGGAAGCUCCAGAGCCAUCUGUUGCCACAGUGCAGGAACGUCUUAUGAUCAGUAAGAUUGUUAACCACAACUUCAAAUCCUACGCUGGAACUCAAGAACUAGGACCAUUUCACAAGAAUUUCUCCUGUAUAAUUGGACCUAACGGAAGUGGGAAGAGUAACGUAAUAGACAGUAUGCUCUUUGUGUUUGGAUAUCGAAGUGCUAAAAUCCGGAGCAAGAAGUUGAGUGUCCUGAUCCACAACAGCGAACAACAUCCAAAUUGUACGAGCUGUACUGUUGAGGUUCACUUCCAGAUGAUACGGGAUAUUAAUGAUAAUGAGUUUGAAGUAGUGCCAGGCUCUGAGUUCUACGUAUCACGUACAGCUACAAAGAACAACACAUCAACAUACAAUAUAAAUGGCAAAUCGUCCACAGUUAAAGAAGUUGCCACCCUUCUCCGAGCCUCUGGUAUUGAUCUCGACCACAACAGAUUCCUUAUACUACAGGGGGAAGUGGAGCAGAUCUCUUUGAUGAAGCCGAAAGCGCCAAAUGAGCACGAGGACGGAAUGUUGGAAUACAUGGAAGAUAUAAUCGGUACAAGUGUGUACAAACAACCGAUUGAGGAGCUCACACUGAAGGUGGAGGAACUGAAUGAUGUUAGGGGCGAGAAGCUCAAUCGUGUGAAAACAGCAGAAAAAGAAAAGGAAAGCCUGGAAGGACCUAAGAACGAAGCCUGUGAAUUUAUCAGACAAGACAAUGAGCUCACCCUCAAGAAAUACACCCUCUCUCAGACCUUCAUCCACGAGUGCACUAAACUAAUCGAGAAAGCUCAAGAGAAGAAGACAGAACAAGAAAAUAUCCUGAACGAAGUUAAUAAAGAAGCUAAGGAAGUGUUUGACAAGAAAACAGAACUAGAAAAUGGAAUGGUGUCCGAGAAAAAGUUGCUUGCAAAAGUUGUGAGAGCCUCCGAGAAAGCGAAAAAGGAAUUUGAGGAGUUUGAAAAACGUGAUCUAAAAGUUAGGGAAGAUUUAAAGCACAACAAGGCGAAAAUAAAGAAGUUGACUUCAAAAGUUGGAGGUGAAAAGAAAAAGUUGGAGGAACUAGUAGACCUGCCUACUAAGAGUACUGACGAGCUGGAGCAACUUAGCGAUAGACUACGUUGUCUUGAUGAGGACAAAGUCAGAAAAGAAGCUGAGUUGGAGGCCCUGAAACAGGAGAUCCAGCCGCAGAUCAAGAAGAUAAAUGAGCAGAGAGAGGUUAUCUCUGGUGAACUGAUGGAGAUAAAGAAAGUCGUCAACCAGUGGCAGUCCAAGGUAAACAUAAGCCAAUCGGAGAUGGAUCUGCUGACCCAGGAGAAAACGAAGAAAGAACAGCAGCUGGAGGAGGCGAGACAAAACAUGGAGCGAGUCACUAAAUCCUACAAGGAGGAGACGGGUAAAGCUAAGGAGCUCCUGAAGACAGUUCCUCAGAACGAGAAGAGGGUUAACGAGCAACAAAACCAGCUAGAUGAGCUGAUCAAGGAGGAGAAGACGCUCUCUACCAGACUCGCUGAUAACAAAACUAAGUUUAGUGAGGCUAAGUCUGCACUCAAUGCUGCUUCUACCAGGAGUAGACUCCUAGAAGGGUUGCUGCGAGAGAAAACAGCUGGCAGAUUGCCAGGACUGUGUGGUCGUCUGGGAGACCUGGGGACUAUAGGAGACAAGUACGACGUGGCCGUUUCUACAGCUUGUGGUGCUCUCAACAAUAUUGUGUGUGACAACAUGGACACAGCCCAGAAAGCGCUUGAGUUCAUCAAGAAAAACAACUUGGGGAUCGCUACUUUCAUAGCCCUGGACAAGAUGGAAUCGUACGCAAGAAAAGCAGAAAACAAGCUCGAUACUCCUCCUAACUCACACAGGUUAUACGACCUGAUAAAGCAGCGAGAUGGUACCAGGUACAGUGGAGCGUUCUACUACGCUCUCAGAGACACCCUGGUUGCUCCCAACACUGAUCUGGCUAAGAAGAUUGCGUACGGCAAGACUAAGAGAUGGAGGGUCGUCACUUUGGACGGGGUUAUGAUCGAUAUCUCAGGUACUAUGGCUGGUGGGGGUAACUCAGUGAUCAAAGGGCUUAUGAGCAAGGUGACCUGUGACAUUGACCCAAAAGAGGUCGACAAAAUGAGUGAUGAAAUCAACAGUGAUCAGAGGAGGCUUGAAGAAAUCGGACCGAACAAGACGAAGUUAGAACACGAAGUAAGGGGUCUACUCAAGACAUUGUCCGCUGACAAGUUCACGAAACAAAAGAGCGAACAAGCAAUCAAGAGUUACAUGAAGCAACAAAGUAGUCUUCAAAAAGAGAUCCCUCUUUUACAAGAACAGUUAAAAGCUAUUGUUCCUGACGAGAAUAAGAUCGAUGAAAUACAGAAGAAGAUAAACGGGCACCAGUCGAAGUUAGAUGAAGUUUCCCUGAAGGCUCAGAAAAAAGAUGAUUUGAUCAAGAAGUGCGACAAGGAUCUGAAGGAUCUACAUAGCAAGAAGUUAAAACCUCACCAGGAUUCCGCGAAGAAGACAGACACUGAAAUUGACAGUGUCCAUGAUCAAAUGACCAAGAUUAAAGUUGCUCUUAAAGGACUAACACGAAACAAGGAGAAACUGGAGAAGUCAAUAUCUGAAAUAGAGGCUGAGCUGUCAGAGGCUCAGACUCACACGGAGGAGCUGAAGACGGAGUUCCAGAAGAUUGAGGAGCAGGCGGAGGUGGUGGUGGAGAAGGACAACAUGUGUCAGGAGAAAAUGAAGGAGCAAGAUGCUAAGAUGGAAGGACUAAAAGCAGAGCUUGCUGGUCUGGAGAGCAGUCUAGAAGCUCACGAACAGAAAACAGUUGAUUACAGGCACGCUAUUGAUAAAUACGAUGGAGUGAUUAAAGAAAACGGAUCUAAAAUCAGGCAUUGGAAGAAAGAGAUGAGCAAACACGCAUUACAAAACAUCCCCGGAGAACCCGACCUGGAGCCCCUGAAAACUCUUGAAGCUGUGGAGCUGGAGAAUGUAGACGCUAAGGGGUUGGAGUACGAGAUAGCGGUGCUGGAGGAAGCUCUGAAACAGAAACAACCAAACAUGGCCGUUAUCAAGGAAUAUCUGUUAAAACACGCAGCGUGGGAAGACAAGGUGGCGGAGCUGAACCAGAUAACAUCAGCACGUGACACUGCGCGCGACGAACACGAGCGACUCAGAAAGAAGAGACUGUCCGAAUUCAUGGCCGGGUUCCUGGUCAUCACUAAUAAGCUCAAGGAGAUGUACCAGAUGAUAACUUUGGGAGGAGACGCAGAGUUGGAACUGGUUGACACUCUGGACCCCUUUAGUGAGGGUAUUGUAUUCAGUGUCAGGCCUCCUAAGAAGUCCUGGAAAAAUAUCAGUAACCUGUCUGGCGGAGAGAAGACUCUCAGUUCUUUAGCUUUGGUAUUUGCACUCCAUCACUACAAGCCAUCUCCACUCUAUGUUAUGGAUGAGAUUGACGCUGCGCUGGACUUCAAGAACGUCAGCAUAGUUGCUCACUACAUCAAGGAGCGAACAAAAAACGCGCAGUUCAUCAUUAUAAGUCUGAGGAACAACAUGUUCGAACUAGGCGACCAUCUAAUCGGAAUCUACAAGACAGAAAACGCCACCAAGAGUGUGACCAUCAACCCCAACACCAUUGCUGUGUAGUGUGACCUUAUGUUGUCACGUGUCUUGUAGGGUUGUCACGUGUCCUGUAGGGUUGUCACGUGUCUUGUAGGGUUGUCACGUGUCCUGUAGGGUUGUCACGUGUCCUGUAGGGUUGUCACGUGUCAUGUAGGGUUGUCACGUGUCCUGUAGGGUUGUCACGUGUCUUGUAGGGUUGUCACGUGUCCUGUAGGGUUGUCACGUGUCCUGUAGGGUUGUCACGUGUCAUGUAGGGUUGUCACGUGUCCUGUAGGGUUGUCACGUGUCCUGUAGGGUUGUCACGUGGUUUCCUCUGUAGUUGCUCAUGAACGAUCUGCUUAAGUUUGGGGCGGGGGAGGGUGGCUCAAGUUCGCCCUGCUUAUUAUAGGGCCGCACUGAGGCCUCAAGGUCGGAUUUAGGCCAGUUUCUGUGCCUGCUAUUAAAAAAACAGGAGAGAAAUAUACCACAAACUUAUAUAAUAUAGAAUAUGUGUUACAUUUGUAUUGGGAUAUUAUGUUUGUUUUAUUUCAAUGACAUGUUGCAAAAAUAAGUUUAAAAGCUAUUUUCUGGAGUGCGACGCUAAAGCCCCUAGACUAGUACGAACAUGAAAUUAUUCUUAAACCUUAUUGGUGAUCUGAGAUUAGGAUCGGUUUUUUGUUGUUGUUGUGAUAUUUUAUUUCUUUUCUUUUGAGUUUGUGGAGCACUAUGCUCACUUUUAAGCAUAUAAACUUGAAUUCAAAUGGCACCAUAGAAAUUAUAAAUUAUUUGAUACAUUUUGUCAAACUAAUAACCACAAUUUAGUUCUACACUUAAUUAU